AUGUUCGAUUUAGAAGAAUUGCAUUGUAUAUAUUUUCUUUUUAUUUGUAUUUGUGUCUUCCUUUUCUCUGUUUAUUUACUCUUUCUUUCUAUUUUCGCCAUGACCUUAUCUUUGUUUCCAUUAUCUUUCAGUUUUCUUCUCCUUUUCUUUGUCUUCAUGUCUAUUUUCUUUCUUUCUUUAACUUUCUCUGACUCCACAACCCUUGUAUCUAUCGAUUUUCUUUCUACCUUUAUGAUUGCCAAAUCUUUAAUCACAUUUUCUCUUUCCUCUGUCUACCAGCUUUCGAUUUCACUUCAAUUCAUCCUUGAACUCAAUCAUUUUCAAUUUUACUGCUCUUCUCUCUCCAUAAAUCCAAUACCCGUCGACCCCUCUUUACAUUUUUUGUUCUCUUUUUCAUCAAACCCUCCGUGUCUCAAUUUCUUUUACCAUUCAUCUUUACACUCUCUAUCAUCUCUCUCUCGUUCUCUCUCUCUCAAUCUCUCUCUCUCUCUCUCUCUCUCCAUCAACCAAAUACAUUCUGAUUUGGCGAUUUGCCCACCUUUGCAUUUUUCAAACCGUCUGUCCAAGGCUACAGCCCGAGAACGGAUAUUCUUUUUCUACGCCCACCAUUUAUCACCUUCACUGCAAAGAAAACCCAAAGAAAAGCCGGGAGCGGUGGACAAAGAUCCAUUUUUACCCCCAUCAUACCUCGACUCCUACAGAAACUUUCUACACAAGCCGCAUUUUAUGGAGGGGAAGAGUUCAGUUUAUGUUCAUUUUUUUAUCUCCCUUUUAUCUUUUUUUUCAAAUUCUUUACACUUGUUUCUUUUAUCUUCUUUUUCUUCUUAUUUAAUUCUUUAUUUUUCUCUUUUUAUCCUUUUUCCUUCGUUUUUUAAUUUUUAUCUUCCUUCCAAUUCUUCUUGUCCGGUUCAUCUUAUUAAUUCCUCCUCUCCUUAUGGUUCUUUCCAUUUUCUUCUUGGCGCUUUUUUUCUCCUCAUUUUUCUUUUUUUUCUUCGUUUCUUCUUUAUCUUCCUUCAGCUUUUCCUCAUCUUCUUACGUUUCCACUUCUUUUUCUCCUUUUCUUUAUUCCUUUCAUAUUUUUUUUAUUUUUCAUUUAUUUUUCUUCUAAUUUUCUUCAUUUUUUCAUCUCAGUUUUAUCUUUUUUCGUUUCCUCAUCUUUUUCCUACUUAUCCUUUAAUCUUUCUCAUUUCAUUUAAUUUCUUCUAUCGUACAAGUUUUACUUCUUUGGUUCUUCUUUUUCACCUUCUCUUUCUUCUUUUUCCGUUUCUUCCUUUUCUUAAUUUUUCUCUUUUUUCUUCUCUUUAUUUCAUAGUAUUCCUCUCGUUUUUCAUUCUUUUUUCUUUCUCUUUUUUCCUUUCCUUUCUGCAUUUUCCUCGCUUUCCUCUUUAUCUUUCUUUGUUUCUUCUUCUCUUCUUUGUCCUCUUUUCACUUAAACCUUCUCUUUCUUUUUCCUUCGCCCGUUUCUUCUUUUUCCUCACUUUCCUCUUUUGUAAUUCUUCGCUCCUAUUAUACUGUCUUUCCCUUUUUACUAUUUUCCCUUUUUUUGUUCCCUAUUAUUUUCUCUUUCUUCUCUUUUUCUUCUUUUUCUUUCCCUUUCCACCUAAUUUCUAUUUUUUUCUUUACCUUUUUUUUUCUUUGACUUUUGUUUUUCCUUGCUUUUGUAAUAUCUUUCUUUCCCAUCUCUUUCUUUUCUCUCCUUCUGCUUUGUUUUCUCUUUCUUUUCUACCCUUCUUCUCUUCUUCUUAUUCUCUUCAUUUUUUCUCCUCCUCUUUCUUCCUCAUUCUCCUAUUCUUCCUCUCUUUCUUCCAUUCUACUUCUUUUUCUUCCUUUAUCUCUUUCUUUCAUUCUUCCUCUCUCUCAUCAUAUUUAGUAUCUUACUGUACAUACAUUUUUUUUUUAUUCCUUUCACAGCAAGGUUCCUGCCAUUCUUUCUUCACUCAAAGAUUUCUUUUUUUACUCUUCUGA